AUGGAUAGGACAAAAAAGACCAAAGGGCAGCUGUCAGUGACACCCCGAGGGGGCCGAGGCGUACACAAGGCCAGCAGCGUCCCGGAACAGACAGGACCAGAGGAGAGUGGCUGUGGCGGCGGCAGUGGCCUUGGAGGGGCCCCCACCCGUUCUGCCCCUGGGGAGCUUCACUGUGGCCCGGGACCUCUCAUCUCUGCCCCAGAGAUUGCACAUGAGGACUUGAAGAUGGGGUCUGACUUGAAGAUGGGGUCUGACGAGGAAAGUGACAAGGCUUCAGCCACGGCCUUGGAUGAGGAGGUGCGGUCACCAGUGAGGGUGCGCAUGCGCAACCAUCCCCCGUGCCAGAUUUCCAGUGACGACGUCGGCCAGCGCCUAUCACUACCAGCUGACCUCGGGCUGCCCCAGGACUACCUGGAGAAGCUGACCCUCAAUAGCCCUAUCCUCGACAAGCCCCUCAGCCGCAUCCUCAACCAUGUCAGCCUGUCCGAGGUUGGCUUUGCGAAACUGGAAACCUAUGUCAAGCUGGAAAAGCUGGGUGAGGGCAGCCAUGCCACUGUUUAUAAAGGCAAAAGCAAGGUCACAGGCAAGCUUGUGGCACUCAAGGAGAUCAGACUGGAACACGAAGAGGGGGCACCCUGCACUGCCAUCUGGGAAGUGUCCCUGCUCAAGGACCUCAGACAUGCCAACAUUGUCAGGCUACAUGAUGUUAUCCUCACCGAGGGGUCCCUCACCCUUGUCUUUGAGCACCUGGACAAGAACCUGAAGCAGUACCUGGAUGACUGUGGGAACGUCAUCAAUAUGCACAACAUGAGACUGUUCCUCUUCCAGCUGCUCCGUGGCCUGGCCUACUGCCACCGGCAGAAGGUGCUACACCGAGACCUCAACCCUCAGAACUUGCUCAUCAGCAAAACAGGAGAGCUCAAGCUGGCUGACUUUGGCCUGGCGCGGACCAAGUCAGUUCUCAUGAAGAACUACUCCAGUGAGGUUGUGACGCUGUGGUACCGGCCCCCCGACCUCCUGCUCGGGUGCACGCGCUAUUCCACCCAGAUUGACAUGUGGAGUGUGGGCUGCAUUUUCUACGAGAUGGCCACGGGCCAGCCCCUCUUCCCAGGCUCCAGCGUGGAGGAACAGCUGCACUUCAUCUUCCGAAUCUUGGGAACCCCAACUGAGGAGACGUGGCCGGGCAUCCUGUCCAACAAAGAGUUCAAGACACACAACUACCCCAAGUACCGAGCUGAGGCCCUUUUGAGCCAUGCUCCCCGACUUAAUAGUGAUGGGGCUGAUCUCCUCACCAAGCUGCUGCAGUUUGAAGGUCAUAAUCGGAUCCCCGCACAGGACGCCAUGAAACACCCAUUUUUCCUCAGUCUGGGGGAGCAGAUCCACAAACUUCCUGACACUACUUCCAUAUUUGCACUAAAGGAGAUCCGGCUACACAAGGAGGACAGCCUUUGCUCUUUGUCGAUGCCUGUCUCGGGCAGGCCAGCUUUCCGUGUGGUGAACCCCGAGUUCUAA